AUGUCGUCGGAGAGUUCAAUUACAAGCAGAGCAGAAGAGAGUAGUGAUGAUGAGAAUGUGAGAGUGAGAACCGAAGAGACAGGAAGAGGUCGAGGCAGAGGAAGAAGGAGGGGUGUUCGGGGAGGAGUCAGAGGUGUGAGAGGAACCCGGGGUUCAGGCAGAGGUAGAGGCAGGUCAAGAGGAAGUCGGACACAAGGGCCAACACGUGAUGUCCUUGCAUUGGAGGAAGUGAAUAGGAGAACAGAUGUUUUACAAGAAGAGAUUUCCCAAAUGGAAUCCGAGGAAUUAAAACAACUUUGUCUGAAGAUGGCUGAAAAGCAUCCCAGCCUGGUGCACGAUAUCCUCAGACCAGCGCCACAACAAGGAGGAUACCAUCCUCAGCCUGGAGGUGCUUCUCCUGACUGGUGUGUUUGUGGGAAGUGCCGGGAAAUGCCCACAAACACUGAAAAAGUGUGCUGCAGGAAGGAGAGAUGCGUUACACUUUUGCCAGACUUUGCUGUACUUAUUCUUGAUGAGGCUGUUUUGGCACUCGGGAGGAUUUAUAGAAGAGACGUGUUGGUUUUUGAUGACGAUGCGGACUGGAACAAAGCCAACAGACAUCAAGGAUAUAGGCAGUAUGUCUUGUGGACGCAUGGACGGUUAGGGGCUGGAGACAGGAGAGUCAUACCUUCCUGCUGUGUGUGGCAGAUAAGGGACAAAUAUCCUGAUCCCUUUGGCCAGUAUACAGGAUUUGUCCCUGGCCGAUUAGGCUAAUUAUGUAAAUUUGUUGUGGCUUUAAAUUUUCAAUCAGUGUAUUCAAGCAGUAUGUACAUACAUGUAUAUAAUUACCAUGCCCCGAGAAGAUAAACUGUGUGGCUGUGUGAUA